CCUUUAAAAUGCCGCAUGUAUUGCGAUGCCUGCAGCUCCGGACACCAGAUGCCCUGUAGUGGGUGGAGUCAGCAGGACGCCGCCCGCCCGUCAUUGGUCGGUUGUAACCCGGAGGAUGCUGCAUCUCCCAUCCUGUCAGCAGCGCAGAAGCUGGUUGGGCACCGCCUCAAUGACGUCACAGGGACUGACGACCCAGCUGUUCGCAAGGCAGGGCCUGCUGUGACGUCACCGACCUGCAUUAUCUCCGUCACACGGCAACAGCCCAACCCGCAGCUGUGCUCCGAGCGGCCGGGAAAGCGAACAAUACCCGAGCAUCCGCUGCCCCGCCGCGGCCUUCCCUGCCUUCCCCCUCUUGGAGCAGCAUGUAAACAAUGCGUCCUUAGCCGCUUACCUGGAGACACAGCGAGGGCGCAGGCCAGGAUGGAUUUCCAGCAGCUGGCAGACGUCGCCGACAAAUGGUGCUCCAACACCCCCUUCGACCUGAUCGCCACCGAGGAGACGGAGCGGAGGAUGGAUUUCUACGCCGACCCCGGGGUCUCCUUCUACGUGCUGUGCCCCGACAACGGCUGCGGCGACAAUUUUCACGUGUGGAGUGAAAGUGAAGACUGCUUGCCUUUCCUGCAGCUAGCUCAGGAUUACAUUUCAUCCUGUGGGAAGAAAACUCUUCAUGAAAUACUGGAGAAAGUCUUCAAGUCUUUUAGACCACUACUUGGUCUCCCAGAUGUGGAUGAUGACACGUUUGAAGAAUACAAUGCAGAUGUGGAGGAAGAAGAACCAGAGGCAGAUCACCAGCAGAUGGGGGUCAGCCAGCAGUAGAAUACUUAGGAUAUUCCCUAUAGAAAGGAAAAACAGACCCAACAUAAUGUAAUAGUAAACACAUUUGACAAAAUGCAGAAACACUCACAGCGAGCAGAGCAUCAGGCUUGCCAACAGCAGCGUUUCCAUGGGAGUUUUGUUGCUUUCCAUCCAUUUCUGAUUCUAGAAUUUCUAUCAUUGUUUUGAGGCUGUUGGGCUCAGUUUGAAAUGGAUCUAUGGAUCUGACCAACAGAAAUUGUAAGUGCUGAAUACUAAUUAAAUGACAAUGGAUGGGGACUGAUAAAUGUCACUUUAAGGAAUUGAUUGUUAACUAUUAGCCCAAAACUAGGAUGUGAGCACUGUAUAUUUUAAUUUUGGGGAAAACCAGAUAGAAGCCCUGAUCAUAAUUUAACCAUAGGUGUACAUUCCCACCUCCAGAGGUUAUAUAAUUUUAUUUUUUCAGAUGGCAUUAUUUGUGAUUAAGCAGGUUUUAUGUUCUAGAUUCCAGAGCACUAGGAGAGCUAGGAAUACUAACAAUACCAAUUGGGGGGGGGGGGGGGGGGGGGGGUCGGCACAUAAUGUUUUACUAGAACAGCUAAACUAGAUAGUUUAGCCAAAUGUUGUGAUCUUUAAAGUCAUAAAGAUUAUGGGGGAAAAUUUGCUGAUUAUACAUAAUGCCCCAUAAAAGGAUUCCAUAAUAAGAAACCUUUUUAAAGUUUUUUGUAUUCUUGGGCUCAGGGGGUUAUUUCUUACGACCUGAAGACAUUUCCUAACCUUUCACAUUGUGUACACCAAAAAUGUGUUUGUUUUUUUUUCUGUUCUGUGAUUUUUUUUUACCUAAAUAAUGUCAAUCAUAGUGCCCAAUAACUAUAACAUCCCAUAAAUUAUUAAAUCACAUUUAUUUAUUAUUCCUGCAUUAGUACAAAGGACAGAAAUCUUUGCAUUUGCAAAAGCCCUUCCAUACGGCAGAUACUGAAUUCUACAGUAAGAUAAAUGAAAAAUACUGGCCAAUGAUCACAACUUCCAUACAUUUAGAAUUUUUUUUUUUUAUACUGGUUUUAGUUUUAUGUCCAGAUAUAUACGUGUUACACUGCUGUUACACAAACAUCAUGGCUUCCUGUGAGUAAUGAUAUCCCUCUAAGAUGUACUUGUUAUUAGAAGGGCACUGCAUUGCACCUGAAGUGACAUUGGUAACAAUAGACAUGAAGUGGUACCUUUCCAUUUUCAGAGGUCCUAAGAUCUUCUGCAGACAUACGUAAGAUGCUGGUGCCCCCUGUUGGGCUGCAUAUUUUGCACUGUUAUGGUUGAACUGGAAUUCAUUACACAGAGCAGGAAAUAUAUAUAUACCUUGAUUAUAUUUAGCAGAUUACACACAUUAUUAAUCCUUCAUUGUAUUACACUAGAACACUUUCUGCGACAACGACCUGUUAAUAACAGUGUCCAAGUUUGCCAUAUUAGUAUAGCAUGCAUAGAUAUCUUGCAUUCCAGACUCUUGUUACUUUUUUCUAGCAGGGCUGACACCUGCUAACAUACUUCUACAAUAAUGUGGGGGAUUAUAACAAUAUUGCAUGUUGUUCAGAUGCCUACUCCCAAUGUUUAACAAUCACUUUAACAUGAUGUAUAUCUUUAUUUUUUAUUAUUAUUUUUUUUUGUUUAUUGGGUAAAAUGUGCCCUGCAAUCUCAACACUACAGGUAUUGUCAAAAUUUGCCUAUAUGAAGUAAGCAGUCUUUAAUGUAUAGGCCACAUAGAUGCCAAUUUAGCAAAAUCUGUAGACCAAUAUUAUGACAAGUAAGAUAAAAGGAGAAUCUAAUAUGUUUGUCAUGAUUAUUAAAUGGAAUUUCCAGGAAGAGCGCCACCUAUGUUCAUGGGCUGUGCCUGGUAUUAUAUAUGGCUUUGUUUGUACUUCAUUUGUGAACAGAUUAGACAAAUUGUCUCCAUAAGACCACUUUGUAUAGACUAUUGCAGUAGGUUCUAUGGAUAAACUCAGUAUGCCACUGUAUGCCUAUACGUCUGCCAAAGCCUUCUAUUCAAGGUAAACAGAAAAUCCUGACAUACAUCUAAUGGAAGGCUUAAACUAAGCUUUAGCUUCAGUCACUUCAGUAGGCCAACUGCAAUACCAGACUCAGCCAAUAGGCAAGAGUGGCGCUGUUUGUGGAAAAGUGGAUUCUAAUGUGCAACUCAUAAAUUUGCAACUAAUAAAUGUUAAUGACCGUUUAUACAAGAGUUUUCCAUCCAUAGUUAAUUUUAGAAGGAUCUAAUUAAUAACCAAUAACAUAAGAUGCUGAGUGGGAUGGCUGCUUCCUCAUUUGCUUAUGUCAGUUCUUCAGCCUUCCGUUGGCCUGCCACUGUGCUGAGGUAUGUCUGACUGUCUUGUUGCUAGAAUAAAUUGCCUAAAAGAAUUGUCAAGAAUUUCUUAUUCACUUGCUCUUUUCACAUGACUAAAGUCAAUUUGAGGCAUAAUUGCCGAACAGUCCUUGGCCAGACUCUGGCAUAAAGGUGAACUCCAGUACAUAACAUCUUAUGAUCUAUCCACAAGUGUCUGAUCGGUGGGGGUCUGACAGCAAUCUCCUGCCCGGCGCUCCAGCUGUCCUUGUGCAUGGAGCGAUCUCCGAUCAGUGCAAGGAGACUGUCGACUAUUGCACGAAGCUGUGGUCAACACAUCCCCUCCAUGCACCUCUAUGGGACAACAAGAUACACGAGUGCUGUAUCUUCGGCAGUGUUCUGAACACAGAUGUUUAGAACACUGGAGUGGCGGGCAGAACAUCAGACACUUAUCCCCUAUCCUUAUGUACCAGAGUUCCCCUUCAACUAUAUUUUGGUAAAAAUGGGUCAAAGUGAGGAACCUCAUUAUGGCAAUGUGAGCUGGUACAGAGGAACAGCUGCUGUCACAGUUAAUAUUUCUAAGAAUUGUUACAAGAAAAUGUGCAGAUUAAAGUGUAGCUCCAAGCAGGCAGAACUCACUAAGUACUUGAUUAAUGUCCCGCACCCUGUCUAGUUACAACAGUUGAUCCUCUGGGUCUCUCUGCUGCAUGCUGUGUUUAUCUCCAGUUUCCCCUCAGCCUCCGUAGAAAGGUGUCCAUGAUGUAUGCCACCUAUUGACUGUUGGCUGUCAUCAGUAGAGGUCAUAGUGAGGAAAGUAACUAAAGAGGCAGAGAGAUGGUAUUGUGAAGAAUUACAUACAGUAUACAAAAAAGAAGGUUGCAGCAGCACUCUUGGUCAAAAAAUGGAGGCUCCUAGCAUACUUUUUGAUCAAAACGUGUCCCCCCAUCCAACCACGCGGAGGUGGUCUCAUUUCGGAUGGGACCCAAAGGCUCCCAUCCGAAAUGAGGCCACCUUCACGUGGUGGAUGGGGGACAUGUUUUGAUAAAAUAAGUGCUCUAAGAGCCUCCAUUUUUUGACCAAGAGUGCUGCAGCAACCUUCUUUUUUGGUAUACUUUGUUUGCCACAGCAGCGUGCACCCAUGUAUUAGGUAGUUUUGCUGGCUAUUUUUCUUUUUGCUGAAGAAUUACAUAGAGUGCAAAAGGAGGAUCUGAAGGUAAUAUCUAACGCAUGGGUCGCAGAAGAUGAAGUAUAUUACAAAUAUACUGCUGUAAGUAAGAUCUGCGUGACUUGCAUUUUAUCUAGAUGCACUUUACUGUAAAUGUAACUGUGGAAGUCAUUCAUAAAAAAAUAGCAAAGAACACCAUUGUAUAGCCUAUUCCAAUGUCUGCUAUUCACAUGUAAGAUCAAUAUUAUAAUUUGAAUAUAGAAAAGACGGAGGAAAAACUAAGGAGAAUAUAGCUGAUUUGGAAAUGUUUUCUUGCUAAGGAUAUUCCAUUAUCCUUCAGUCAGCCUAAUCGCAAGUCAUUAAUGUUCUGAUAUUGAUAUCUGGCUCAUCCACUGACUAAAGAAGCCAUAGUCGAACAACCACAUCAGUCUGACAGAUUGCCAGAACACAUCUGACUACCCAUAUCAACAUACUGACUGACACUUGGUAACAGUAAAAUGCUUCCAUCUUGUUUUUAGUGUCAUUGUUCUGUGCAGCUGACUCAUUCCUCAGUUUACAAUUGGUCGACAUAGUAAACACUCAUUUCCAAUCAAAUGUUUAUUUUAAGUCUUUGAAAUACAAAGUUGGGUGGGAUUAGGUACUUUUUUUUUUUUUUUUUUUUUGUGUGCUAUAAAAACCAGAAAGGGUGAAUCUGAGGCCUACAUGGACCUUUUUAAUUUAUUUUUAAAUAUUCUUUUAUUUUCUAUAAAUGUGUACAUUGUCAUUGAAAUGACUAAGAUUUGUAGUGCCUCUCUAAAGUUGAACAAGUUCAUAUCCAUUUUCCUAUUCUAGGGAUACUACACCCAAAAUAUGUUGGGCUUUAUUUGAGUUGCUUUGAGAAAAAUAACUUUUUGUAUUGUACAGUUCUAAGUGUUGUGUAUGAAAGGGUAUGUCAACCUCCGAACACAAAAUCACAUUAAAUUAAUCUACAAAAGAAGUUAAGAAAUGUAGCAAAAAAUACAUUGUUACUUAUGUUUUACAACCUAUAUAAUAGUCCAGUGCUGCACCCAAGAUUAUUUAGGCUUCAAAGUGUAAUGUCCCAGUAUUCUUGGCUUUGAAUAGGGCACUAAGGAGUGUAUACAAUAUCAAUCCAGUAUUUUAUUUAAACAGAGAUUAUCCAGGCGUGGAGAACAAAAGGUAGUUUUAGUACAGUCACUUUUUUGGACAUUUUGUAAAAACGUGGGUCAUUUUUAAAAUAGUCAAAUUGUCCACAUCUGUACUUUAUUUUUAUUUAGUAGGAUUUAAUUUUGGGAGUGGUAUGUAAGAAUACUGGGGAGACAAUCUAAACUCCCUUCACCAAAAAUCUGGUGCAAUUUAUGGUAGAAAAAUGGGCUUGUUUAAAUUUGUAUUUUUGGACCCAUCUGUCUGCCUGUCAUCUGAUUGCAGGGAUGUUUACGCCAGUCAGUGACACUUGGCUGCCUGAUCGUUGGCCCUUGUAAAAGAGCUGUGUGGCUAGUUAAAAGUACAGCGCCCUAAUAAUUUAUAUCUUGGAAAGUAUCAUCUUUAUACCAGGCAAAUAUGACAAGCUAACUGUAUGAGUUUAGCCAAGCUGUUAGACAAGCUCCAGUGGCACUAGCAGAACAGUUCUGAACUAUAAUACAGGCUGUAACUCUUAAUGAUCAAACUAAGGCUAAUAAAAUAUAUUUACAAGAUUGCAUAGCUUUUUUUUAUUAUCUAAAUUGUUGUACAACUUGCAAAUUGAUGUUAAAUGAUGAACAUACCUUUCUAUAAUAUGGUUCCUGAAGAGAUGGCACAGUAGACAGCCAUUUUGGUCACUUAGUUUAAUGUUCACAGUAGCCUGAACUAGGCGGAACAUUGCAUGUUAUCCAGACAUGAGUGAGCCUAACCCCCCCUGUUUGGGUGUAUUUUUCCUUUACAAGCUUACUGUAUUCAUAGCUCAACUCCAUAUCCAGAUUUGCAUUGUUUCCAAAGUUGCUUCCAACAACUUAAUCUUUUGUGUAAGUUACCAAGCUGUAUGUUAAAAAUAAAAAAAUAAAAAAAAUGCUUUGUAUUUCAUGUAGACAAAGGUUUGUGGUGGCAUUGCAUGUAAAAGAUGUUUGCUUCUAUCUGUGGACUGGGGUCUUGGUUAAUAAAUCAUCUACACUCUGACUAAA